CUUCCGGGUUUGUUAACACUGAAGAGAGAACGUGAAUAGGGCAGUCUCAUUGAGUUGAGUGGCUUCGGGUCGCGUUUUGCCACGCACCCCAGGGUCGGGGUAGAGCCGAUAUUCCUGACGGAGUGAGGCUGCGGUGCCCCGAGAAGCAGCUUCUCAAGAGUGCUGUCAUUUCCGCAGGCCAGAAAAGGGAGCUCUGGUAACAUCCAGAGUGUGAGACCCAGCGCCGCUCUCCCGCUCCCAAGCCUGCUUUCGUCCUCGCCAUGGCUGAGCUGAUCCAGAAGAAGCUACAGGGAGAGGUGGAGAAAUAUCAACAGCUACAGAAAGAUCUGAGUAAAUCCAUGUCAGGGCGGCAGAAGCUUGAAGCACAACUAACAGAAAAUAAUAUCGUGAAGGAGGAAUUGGCCCUCCUGGAUGGGUCCAACGUAGUGUUUAAACUCUUGGGUCCUGUGCUGGUCAAACAGGAGCUGGGAGAGGCUCGGGCCACAGUAGGGAAGAGGUUGGACUAUAUCACAGCUGAAAUUAAGCGGUAUGAAUCCCAGCUCCGGGACCUCGAGCGGCAGUCAGAGCAACAGAGGGAGACCCUUGCUCAGCUGCAGCAGGAGUUCCAGCGGGCCCAGGCGGCAAAGGCGGGGGCUCCUGGGAAGGCCUGACCCCGUGGUUGGGGGGAGGGGAUUGAGGCAGCUCUAGGGUCUAUACUGUAGCUAAUAAAAUAUAAAAACACCUG